AUGCCCUUUCCCUUUGUUCUCCCCACGACAUCCUCAUUCUCUUUCUCCUCAUGUUUCAGCUGUGAUUCACACCCCUCGCUGCCAUUGACCGCCAGUGGCCAACGAGGGGUCGUGAGAGAUGCCCUGAAGAAGCACAAACGAUCGCCGCCGAAUACACGCAUUCGAAGUCUAGCCGCCGUCAUCUCCAGCAUCGACGGCUAUCUGCCGUAUCUGCUCGCCGUGGACGCCGGUGUGAGCUCACAGUGCUUGGACGGUGGUGAGGUCAUAAGCGUUGUCUUGAAGACGGCGCCAUCCAUCAGCUGGAGGCCAACAUUGUCCGGCGACAUUGUCCCCGGUAGAGAAAGACCCCGUGUAAAGAUCACCUCGUUGGAGUAUGAAAUAUUUUUUGUCUUGUCUUCGCUGGCAUAUGCGUAUACCUUGACAGCCAGGUCGACGUUGCAGCCGUUGUACAUGACCACGACGAGUUUCUUGGGCACCAAAGAGAGGACAACUGCCAUCACUGCGGCUACAAAGCACCUACUUGACGCCGCGUCAAUCUACGACUACCUCUCGUUACGGAGCGAGCAAAUCUCCAGCACGGCACCAUGCGCAGAUGUUGCGCCUACUACCGCGGGGGCGCUGUCGUCGCUAGCUCUGGCAGAAGCGACACUGCUAGCCGUGCUCAAAGAUGAUCCGUAUCCGGCAGCGGUAGCCCAGGACCGUAACAAAACGGAUAAGGAGUGGAUGUUCAAGGCCCCCGAUAUUCCCAAAGUGCGAGCCCAUCUUUUUGCUCGCCUUUGUCUCGCCGCGUCUGACCAUGCAGCCAAGGCCUCCUCACUGCUACAAUCUGCCGGCUCUGGCUCCAGCAAGGUGAACCCAGUGCUUCUGAAAUACCUGGAGGACCUGCGUCGCACAAGUAGAGCAAAGGCCUGCCGAUUUUUCGGCAUCGACGCCGACCUAGGUGGGCAGACCGCCGAAGGCAUUGGCUGGCUGCGGGUUGGUUUGCAGGAAUUAGGUAUCGAGGCCAAGGAGGCGAAAAAGGGCUUCAGUCUGAGCCGGUUGAAGAAGGAUAUAAGUGAAAAGCGGGAGGAUCGUCGUGUGGAAAGGGAGACGGAUUGGGGUUCGGAUGCAGGUAGGCUUGAGGAGGCGAGGAUCAUUGAGUUGCUUGACGAAAAGUGGAACAAGAUCAAUGACACUAUGAACACCAAGGCCAUCCCGCCAGUCAGCACUCUCCUGCCCAAAAUGCCGUCUGGCCGAGAGAUCCAUACCGUCAAAUCAUAUCAACCGCCUACGCUGGAUCGAGAUGUUUUGGAAGCCAUGCGGUCAUUGCCCGACAGAGAAGAUGAUCUCGGUGAUAUGAGCUCGGAUGAUGACGCCAAGGGACCGUCCGCACCGGCUGGCGCGUUCCCAGGGACAUCAGCAGAUUAUGGCGUGAAUCGCAGCGGCAGCGGGAACGCAUACUAUUAG